CAGCGUUUUCAGGUUGGUUUCUUUUUUGGUUUUCAGUGGGCAUUGGCCGCCGUUGAGCGGUCGACAAAAUGCCGUCGGAACUGCCCUUCAUACGUCGUUGCUGACUUUAGUAGUCCAAUUUAAGUUCCUUUAUUCCAUACAUCACACGUACAAAAUGGAGCACAAGCCGUUUCUGUGGAGUAACGACCGGCAGAAAAUACUCAUUGACUUUUUCAAGGAGAACGAAUUUCUGUACAACCCUAUUCAUCCAGACUACAAGAAGAGGAGACUUCGAGACAAGAAGAUUCUCGAACUGUGCAAUACACUCGGGUGUUCAAUGCUGGAAUGCAAGAACAAGUUCCACAACUUACGCACGUACUUCUUCCGCGAGUAUAACAAGGUUCUCAAGCACAACGGGACUUGCAACGGGAACGGGGAGGAAACUUACACUUCCAAGUGGGACUUCUACGAAGACAUGAAGUUUCUUAAUGUGUGCUACCUUCCUCGAACUAUGGAGAUAGCUGCUGCAAAUGAGAACAACCAUGAGCCCCCGGCAGAUCCAUCUGGCGCAGAAAACAACUGGGAAGUCAACAGCAUUCUGGAGCCAGACUGCCUUAUAGAUGAGUCCACCGAGGUACUGGAGGCCGAGCAGGACAGCUCCAGCGUCUCGGAGCACCGUGCCCAGACGCCCCCGCACAAGCGGAGAAAACAGCAGGAGGAGCAUUCCGCGACGUCGGCGACGCCUACCAGGAACAGUGCGCUGCUCGACGAGGAGCACUACUUCGGAAUGUAUGUCGCGGCUGCGCUCCGCACGUUCGAUGCCUUGGCCCGUGACACAGCCAAGGUCAAGAUCAUGGACCUGAUCAUGCAUUUAAGGCACAACGUCGACCCCAAUCAUAGGAAGUAGUGGCCAACGGGAAACCGCACCUCGCUGUUGUGCACCCAUCGUGUUCGCAUACAAAGUAACAGAGGCAGCAAUAAUCGACGUGACGUGAGCGAGUGUCUUGUCACCUGUUGUUUUAGUUUUCACUCAGUGACGAGUCUCCCGCCAGCACCUUGUUUCUUGAGCACGUUGAAGCAUGCGUGGACUUGUUUUAACGCAGCAUUGUAGUUGAUGUGUACGUAAAGAUAAAUUAAGUGAGGUCAGUGGUGUCAGUGAACUGUGUUGGUGGCAUGCACAGCCAUGAUCGUAAGAGUCAAAUGCACCAGCUGAGGUCGCUAAGCAGCUAAGGUGUUCUGUGCAACUGAUUGUGAGGUCAUGGGUCCGAUCCCUGCCCGGAUGCCAAUGGUGAAUGAAAUGCAAAAAUGCUUGUGUGUGUUGCUUUGAGUGCAUGGUAAAGAACUGCUAGUGGUCAUAAUGAAACAACUGUACAUCUCCUAACUGUUGUCUUGCUUUGGGAUGUUAUGUCACAUCAGUCAAUUGCAAAUUAAAUGCCCUCCCUUGCAAGCAAGCAUCGAAAAACCUAAUGUUUUCAGAAAUCUUGCUUUACAAUGCAUGCUUAACGGAAAAAUCAUGGCACAGUGACCAGAAUUCUAGUCAGCUUGUUCCACAAUGAAACAAGCUGGAACAAGUCAGCUUGUGCAUUUUGUUCCAACUGCUAUUUUUUAUGGAGGAGGAUGAUUUGCAUGCCGUGAUGGAUUGAGGUCUGAUAUAAUGUCACACGGCCCUUCCGACUUUGCAUGUGUAUGAUGAGGGCAAAGAAGAGAUGGUGAGAGCUUAAUGGUCCAUUUGCCAGCACUGUGUAUUGUACAGAGUAGUCACAGUUAAACCAUAGGUCCACUUGCCACAUACGGACCAUCAAGUUGUUAAGUUGUCAAGUGGAACAGGGUGGGUACUUGGCCAGCAAUUCCUGCAGCAUAAUCUCAUAAUAGUAACCCAUAGUUAUGAGCAAAGCUUGCAGCUUGGUGCACUGUGCAAUCAGGUUAACGGGAUUAGCCACAUCAGGACUCUCAGAAUGCCACAUUUUUACUGGCUGGUCAGUGUGGAAAACGAAAUUAUAAGUGACUUCACAUUUUAUUAUCAAAACUAUUUUUUUUCAUUGUACCAAUUACUACUAUAUAAGUGGGGCCGAAGAGUGCUAGUUGUACAAGUCAUCACCUACGAUGUGGAACCACCAGCCUCUCGGUGCUCAAAGAAUGCUGGUAACUAUGGUCACUGGAGGCAUCACUGGCCAACUAUCUGCCCAGUCAUUCCUUGCAUCCUAGAGCACUGUACUUUAAUUGUACUUCAAGUUUCACUGAGCUUCAACUUUUCACUACGUUCGGCCUAAAGGUCAAUAUUGGUGCCAAUGUUAUUUUCUAGAAGCAGGCUUGUUGAUUAAAUCUUGGCACAUUGAUGUUGUUCAUUUGAAGGUAACUUAGUGCUGGAGAAGCACAAGUGCAUGAAGGGUUAUUUCUUACUUUCGAAACCUACAAAGUAAGCACACUUUCUGCAUGUACCAGGCAUCUUGAGGUGCCUGCUUUCUAACAAACAUGCCUUCAGAGUCACAAGUGUUAAACUUAUUUUCUAUAUCAGGGAACUUCAUGAAAAAAUGUCGAGCUUCGCCAAUCUGUUUAUUUGGUUAGCUGUCUCCGCUGUUGAUCAAACAGAUGCCCAGCCAGUCAAAAGAUCCUUGAGCAAUUAGUACCACCUACAAUGCAGCAUAUACAAGAGGAAGGAAUGGAACUGUUUGCUUUUGAGAAAAGGCUAACGAUGGAUGAGAUUAUGUUUCGGUCUUUUACAAGUUGGUUAGCAAAGUGCUCAUUUUCGAAUACAAGAGAAAUCUGCCAUUAGGAAUUAUUCAACGAAAGAACUGUUUUAUAUAAAUUCUGAGAACACAGUUUUUACCAACCGAUUGGAAGGAGAAGGCAUGUGAAGAAAAAAUGCCUGUCACAGCAAAGCUUCUGACACUGCAGGGUUUGCAGGCUUAGAUUAACAUAUGAUGUAGGUAGAGGAAAAGGAAAUUUGGGUUGCUCAUAAGUAAAUCAAAAAAGCACAAAAAACGCAAAAUACAGUGGAUUUAUGUGUAAGAAUAAACGGUCAUGGAUUAGAUUAAAAGGCAGUUACAGCUAACACACAACCACAAUGAAUCAGUUUCUGUAUACAAAUGCGAAGUAAUUAAUGAAUGUGACAACUUAUAACACUUAAAAGGCUAUGAAUGUGCGCUAGUUCAUAUGAAUCCAUCGGUAAAAACAGUAUGAAAUGGAUGCGGGCAAGGAAAGAACAUAGGCCAAGCGCUUGUCGUGUGUACCUCCCUUGUCCGUGUUUAUUUUGUGCUGUUUUUACCGAUGUAUCACAGUAGGUUGCUACUCAGAAGUAGAACAUUUGAAAGAGUGAAAGAGGUAAAUCUUAGUCACAUCAUCAAAGCCGAUUGCAUCCAUACUAAAACGUACCUGUAUGCUCUCCACUGAUUCUGUUUCUCGUGUACCAUUCUUAAGAGAUUAUUGAAGAUUUUGUAACAAUUCAGCUUCAUUGUCAUAAGAAGGGUAUGGUAGACAUACAGAAUUAUUGCACUGUGUAAGGGCCUUUUCAUUAUUGAUGACCGGGUGUGAUCAAGUUCUGGGAAACCGACUGUUUCACAGGUACAACAGGUUAAUUUCGAAACUUUUUAACAUGAUAACAAGAUGAAUACAAAGGCAGCAAUGUAAAACUAGCAGUGGGAAAGCCUAAAGUCUCUCAGAUGUGGCAGACUGCAUUAAAGGGACCCUGAAACGAUUUUGACGAUUUUCUACAAACGUACUGAGUCAUUAGAGUAGGUCCUUCUGAUCUUUAAUUGACGUAUCUAAGUGCUUCGCGUAAAGCGUGUAAUUUAUUAUAAGGUUCUAAAAAUGCACAUCGCUGCCGAUCGCAGCACACUGCACAGCGGAAUUUUAAGCCGCCCCUACCCAUAUGAUGCAAAUCACCCAUAUGACAUCAGUGGGGCGAGCUAUCCGAUUGGCUGACCAGGGCGCGUGAUCGAUAAUUUUUCCAACUUUAUGGCAAGCAAAUAAUGUUCGUAAUAGUUGAAAUGUUAGUUAAUUUGUUUUAUAAAAAAGAAAGUAACAUAAAGGGGAAAGUAAAAUAAAGAACAAUUUUUCAGUACACUUAAGCACUUCUGGUGCACAGCAAGUGUCCUCUGCUUGUGUUACCUGCUCUGUCUUUGACGAGAGCUCCGCCGUCAGUGUCGGUCUGUCUUUUCGCGAGCGCUAUGAUUCGACUUUGUUAUGUUUUGGACUGCAAAUGUAGCGACUGGCAAUAUGUCAAGCUGUGACAUCGUGUCCCUCAGCAAGCCAGUAGACGAGUGGACUGGCUGCAGCGCAUCAGUCUGCUGCUAUCUGAUUGGCACCAGGAUUUGCGUGAUUGCGGCCAUCACUUAACACCUGAAGAUUACUAACACAAUAGCAUUUCGCGAGUCUGGUAUUAGGGUAAACGCAAGCACAAAGGGGACAGGGCCUGACUGUGUCCCCUUGCGUGUCAUUUCAUGGGAUGAACAGAAGCACACAUGUGAAUGGUCUGCACGGUGCAGCCACCUGGCGGCAUAGAGCUCAACCACACACAGUGGCAGUAACAAAAUGUAUUCUUCUUUGCUGCUGGUGUAAAUUUUUCGCGGGAGUGUAAUCGUUAACACAUUGUUUUUGUAAAUGUUUAAAAUGUUUUACACUUGGUUAGAGCAAUAUUAGCUCUUUCUUUGGCUGGUUAAGCUCUGCCCCAACGGGUGGCUGGACUGUGGAGACCUAUCAGGCAGCUCACGUACGUCUACGCUAAAGUUCCUUCAUCAGCUUGAGUUUAUGCUUCCACCGUUCUGUCGAAACGUUCCGCUAGUGUGUGGUUAACGAAAUACCAGACAUGUUCGGUGCUGCGACAGAAGGCUCACAAUGCACGCUGCUUCAAUAGCUCUUGCUUGCGGUCGACAGCCAAGCGGCUACCGGAGAGGUUUCGUGCGGGCAGGGGCGGGUUCCAAAAUAACCGGAAAUGGACGAUCUGACGUCGCAUCGUGACGCAGAACCAGUGAAGGCGGAGCUUAGCCCCGAUGGCUCGGCGAACGAGUUGAGGAGGAAAAGCAUGGCUAGGGAGGAGGGUAACUUGUAAUCGCUUGUAGCUACAUUAAUACGUAACGCUUCACUUAAAUUGUGGCGCAAAUGUUCUGCUUAAGCUGUACCCUACAUGUCUACAAAAUUUGUUUUAACCAUUUCAGGGGCUCUUUAAGAUAUUGCUGUGCUUGCCCAGUGCCAACUGGAAAUACAAUUGGAAUGAUCAUGAACAUGCAUUCUGGCACAUGUAUCAGUUUGAUGAGAGUUAAUUUUAAGUGGUAUGUGUGUGUUUGAUGGUAACGGUAUCAAUGUAAACCAUCAGCAGUCAAGCUUUAGUCAGAAGUGAGACUGAUAAGGCUGAAAGAUUGAGCAGCUUAUUGUCGUAUGGUGUACAUCAUAAAACGUGCGUGCAUUGGGAGCAUGGAGUUACUGGAGCAUGGACAUUAGACUAUGUUACAAUUAUUUUGGCUAGAUAUUUUGCUUGAUUGAACACAUCUUGCCCUGUGGCAUAUUUAAGUACCUAACUAAAAGCAUACAUAAAACAUGUAAGUUAUGCUCAACAGGUUCAACUGUCACAGCGAUAGAGUUAUGCUAGGAAAUUAGUAGUGCAAUGUGAUCACUGCAUAUUGGUACUGGUAUCUGUGUAUGUUAUUUCUCAUUGUCCACAGUGUGAACUGAUGAAGGUGUCGAGAAAUACAGCAUAGUUAGUGUAUUUUCUGAAACAUAACACGCACCUGGAUAUUAAGGAGUGGAAGUACGAAGUGGACAUACCUGCGAAUGCGAUUUCAUGGCAUCACACAGUGAGUGCACUGUUGUGUGACGCUACAUGCAAAGGCAAAAUUUGCUCCUAAAUUUGCACUGCAACACUGUGUGAAUGCGCAUCCGGCUUUAAUAGACAACAGUGGUGAAAAAGUGGUCACAAUUAACCAUGCCAAGCAUGUUUGUUUACGGAGCUUUGCUGCCUGCUGACCAUUGCGCCGAGUUUCUUUUGUGAAAAUAUGGCCAUUGUAUUGGAUGAUUUGGGGAUUGUAGGCUCCCAAUGGCUGUAUAUAUGUAAUAUUUUUUUUCUUUUUCGCAGGUUGUAAUUGCAGGUGUAGGUCAUACAUAGGGGCAGGUUCUGUGUAAAAAAAAAUAUGGUAAAAUUUGUCGAAGGUAUGGGGCUUGGAAAAGUUCAUUUAGUGUGAUAUUCUCUCUCUCUCUCUCUUUCUCACUUCCCUAAUUUUGGUCCAAUGAAUGUACAUGAACUCCAAGCCACCAUUCAAUUGAUCACAAAAGCUGAUUUUUGGUAAAAUGUUUAAGAGUAAGUACAGUGAUGUACUGGCUUUAGUGCUCACAAAGUUGAUUGGGAGUCAGCAAAAUGAUGUUACUUACUUGUAAGUUUGUGGUGUAGUGUAAUAUGACUCCUAAGGUUCUCACACUUUUGUGGGAAAGCAUGUGUAAACAUUCAUUUAGGUGAGAGCUAUGGUUUCUGUGGUUGUGAUGUAAAAUAUUGUGUUUCUAGCAGUGCAUUUGUGCAGCAGUUCUAUGCUCCAUAUUGCACUUAGCAAGCUACACUGUUGCUGCUGCAUUACAAUUUACAAAUACAUUGCAACUGCUGCUGUACACUAGUGCACCAUUUGGUGAAAGAGGGCAGGAGACCAUAUCGCAACUCUAUACUUUCUUAUUAUCCACUCGCCAAGCCUAACUGCGCUCUAUCUUCUUUUUUUCUCUCCGACUUCCACCCAACAUUCCGUAAGAACAUGAUUGUUGUAACUGGUGAAAAAGAGAAAUUUUUAUAGGGAAAUAUGUUAUUUCUACCAAUAUACCAGACCACUUACAUGAACACACCAGCCACGCUCUUAAAAAUUGCACAAUCUCUAGGGUGCGAUUUUGUUUGACAACAAUAAUCAUAGUCUGUGCACAAUUUCAUUCCUUAACACUACAGGCCUGGUACGUUCUUGUCAGGAAUGCCAUGUGUGCCAUGAAUGCCAUGUAUGCCAGCAUUACACCUUAAAAGGUGUUAUAUGUUAAUGCAUUCUUAACUGUGCACCCAAAAGGGUGCACAGCUGUAUUGCACUCUUUAAAAAUAUACACCCUUGUAUGAAUGCUGUACACCCUAAAUGUGAAAAGGUGUAUAUUUACGGUUGUACAUCCUAAACGGUGUAUGUAAUGUGCAGUUGUAUUUCUUUUAUGCCGUAAGGGGUGUGCAGCAUAUGAAUGUGCAUUAUUGAGUUGAACCUGAGCGAUGGCCUAUUGCAAUAAUUCAGUUUUGCAUGAGAAUUACAGUUAAUUUGGUAAUAGUGGUAACCAAGUGUGUGCUAGUUGCGACUUGUAGUUAUGGAGCUACACCUUUAGGGACCUGUAACUGAAGGUCAGAUCACUUGGGGUGAGUGUGGCUGCGCAACUAGGCACAGCUUGAAGGCCUUGUCACUGGCAUUGUUUGCAGCCACUGAUGUUAGGUUGUGUCAAUUGGAAGGAACUGCAUCAUCAUAGUAUUCUGAAGAGAAAUGGUAAAUUGCAAAUCAAUUCGUGCUUGCAAAAGCGGAGCACAGCUUACAGCGGCAGUCGAGGGUGUCAGGCAGCAGUGUAGCUUCGACCGAGCAGUGCACCAGGUGUGGUAAGAUAAGGAAGUCUGCGCUGUGUCCAGAGUUGUGCAUUUUAGAGAAAGUAAACUACCGACGUGCUCCAUAGUUGACAACGAGAAGUUGACAUUACAUUCCCCUGGUGUGGUCUGCCUGCCGUAGCAUCAUUCGCACAUUCACUUGGCACACAGCAUGUGUAUCUUGCUCAGGUCAGGGUGUCAUCAGUCCUCUAGGGUCGUGUUGUUUGCAUUAGCACUCCCUGGGUUGUACUCUCAGUCAGUGACUUUUCGUAACAAUUUCACAUGAUGGAGGAUGUGGUGCACAACCUCAAAUAGUCAUGAGCGUACCUUGCUGCCACAAAGUUUUGGUUGCCAAUCAUGCUAAUGCAUCAAACGCUGACACAAUGCAGGAAUAAUGUUAUUGAUGAGUGUUCCUGCUAUUACGCUUGUUCUGUAAAGAGACUUAGCUGCGUGAGCCCAUUACCGCACACAGAAACUAAUAUACUCAGAACUGAGAUCAUAUGAUAACGCGAUCUUGGUGAUUACCUGGAUGCCCAUCGCAUUUAUUCCUGGAGAAAACAUGCUAAAUUCUCUAAUAUGUUAUCUUCACCAAAGUUGAGACAAGGCAUGCUGACUAAAAGUACAUUACAUUUAAAAGUGCACUACCCUGAUGUUCACUAAAAACUGGUUAAAAAGUGACACUUGCUCUGAAACUGCAGCUUUGCCUCGCAAUGUCAGGGUAACAUUAAAUAGAAUCAUGAUAACGAAAGAUAAAUACACAACAGUAUAAUAUAAUUGGACACCCAACAUUAACUCCACAACUUUACAAGGGUUGAUAUAUCACCUUGCACUUGGCCAUAGUAACACAUUUAUAGCACAACAGAAGAGGAAAGCAAGCAUGGACAGGGAGAACACAAAACAAGUGGUAACUUUCAGCAUAUGUCUUUCUUUUAAACAAGGUGCACAUACAUAUAUUGACAAUGCCUAUACUUUAUAACAUAUACCAUGUUCUGUCAAAACAAACAUACAACUCAUGCAGAUAAUAUUGACAUAUAAAAUGACAUAUAAAGUUCCUUUAGGAUGGAGUGCUUGUGCACUCGGAACUUGAACUUUGAAAUUUUUCCCAUCUUAUUUGUUGUUAGACUGUCUUCCUGUCUCGGCACAGUAGAACAACUUUGAAAAAGGGGCUUGGAUCUGCAUGCUCUGCCAUGUCCUCUGUCGUGUCUUCUAGUGACGUUACUGCAGUUCACUCUUAACAGGUCAUUCACCCCAGCCCCACUUCUCUGACAUGAUGCUUGUCACAGCAAAGACAUACCUAGUAAGUCAUAACAAUUCACAGAAAGCAUUAUGUGCCAUUUGUUGCAACCACACCUUUUGCCAGGUAUUUCACCCACUGUUUGCCAAGUUGCAUGGGGUCGGAAGCACUAAGAUUAGCAUGUCCUGCCUCACGACCCCCACUCCCUUUCUUAAGCCCCUUCCCAAUUAGGCAAGAGAUAUCGUGCUAUUGUUGUGCACCACUUUUUCUUUUAUAAGGGGCCUAAACUCCUGAAACGCUAGCUAGCUCAUAUGAUGUCCCAAGGAACUUUUCAACUUGCACCUGAAUGUUCAGGGGGGCAACCUCCGACCAACAUCUAAGAGGAUUGGCAGUAGAACAACCUACCUCUUGGUGAGAAUGUUUCCAAGUCAAACACUGACACAGGUAAUUUUUUUUAAUUUCUUGGGUUUUAUGUGCUAAAGCCACAGUAUGAUUAUUAGGCAUCCCAUGGGCUCCAGAAAUGAUUAAUACCUGGGGAUCUUUAACUUGCACCGAAUGUGCGGUACAUGGGCGCUUUCGCAUUUCGCCCCCAUCAAAACGCGGCUGCUGCAGCUGGGAUUUUACCCCGCGACCCUGUGCUUAGCACCACAACGCCAUAGCCACUAAGCCCCCGAGGCGGGUCUGACACAAGUACUGUCUGUUCUUGUUUCACUGUAGCAUAAAUCUGUCUUCUCGACAAUAAAUGAGCUGACACGUUUCAUUAAUUUCUAGUAGGCCAGCAAAAUAAAGCGAGACAUAUAUGAGUGGGACUUGGCAUUAUUAAUAUAAACUGCUAGUACAAAUGUAGCUCAAUAUCGGGAGUUGAAGGCCAACUGCAACAGAAGUUUUGGCCCUGUAAGAAGCCUACUUUCAGAUAGCGUUGAUGUUGGGCAGCGUUCGUGCAAUAUAUGAGUGAAUGUGUCACAAAAGGCUCGCAAAAGUAGACGUUUGUGCUGAAAAAAAAAACAAAUGUGUCGUUGCUGCUCACCGGAAGUGAUGCAUGACUCGGAUUGUGCUGUUCUUCUGCACGAGGUCAGAGAUUGGUGCCACACUUAGUUGUCUGUGGCAUGCCUGAAGAUCUUGGAGGUGACGUUCCGGGACUUUCUCAUUGUCUGCUUAGGGGGCUAUUUAAACUCUGCUGCUAAGAAAAUUAAACAACUGCCAGCCGUGCAGUUUUGCCAAGUCUGUUUCAGUAUAAUGUACUGCCAAUUCUAUAAUCAAUUUAAUGUAAGUGAAAUUUCGUUGCAGUUGGCACCUUGGAGGGUUGGUCUUAUUUUGGACUGUGUUCUUUGUUGAUGACAUUCAAGAACGGCUUUUUCAGUGCAUGCGGGCUUGCUAAACUAGCAACAACGUGCAACACCAAAUGUACUUAGAGGUGACAUUAAUUCUCAUCAGCAUUUGUUUCAUGUCACAUAAUUGCUGAGUACAGAGAUAGGAUGGGCAGCAGAAAAGUUGUGGCAUCAAUGAAUACUCAUUGACUCUGAGGGCGUUGCGUUGAAUGUUGCUUCUACGAAAAGGAAAUAAUUCAACAUGUAGCCCCCGAUUUUGCCAGGAGUGCUGUGUCGUGCAAAUCUGAGCACUCCCCAGGAAAUAUCGGUGUCAAAUCCUCUUUUGGGAGUAGCACUAUUUUAGUUUUUGUUUUGUUUCUUAAUGAGUUCUGUUGUUGACUUCCUGGUAUUUAAAAAAGAAGGAACAAUGAGAUUUUUUUAUUGAAAUCAUUGUUGUGUUCGGAUGCGAGUUCGAAGGCUUCAAAUUUAAGACUACAAUUCACCUGUUUCUUUUUUUUUUCUGGCGAUAUUGCCUUUUGUAAAGUAUGCAUCAAAAGUAUGUGUUUCUUGGAACAUCACAGUUGAGGGCGUGCUCUUGCCUAUGUAUGCCUUAGUUGCCUAAAACUUUUUUUAGUCAUGCUCAUUAUCUUGCGAUUAGAACAACUAUUUAUGAACACACGUCUGCACCGCCUCAUUCUCUGAAAAUUUAUAUUCAUGACUCUACCUCAGUAUAGUAAGCCCUUUCUUUAUCUUAUGUAAUGACCCUAUGAUACUAUGACGCAGCCGUCUAAUUUUUCAGGUCACAGGACAUGUUGUGCCAUGGUGACAUAAAAAAGAUUAAAACUGCCUUUUUCUCGUGUGUUGUAAGCCCUGCAUGUUUCUUAUUGUGAUAUUUUUUCGUGCAACCAAUGCUCCCAAGAGUUUGCUUUUUGAACUCUUGUUUUUACUUGCAAUAUUUAUUGACAUUCCCACAUUCAUCAGACGCAUCUUGACUGGUUGAAGUGUUUUGAAGUCAUUCCUUGUGUUUUUUAUCUCAUGGUGUGUGACUGGAACAUGUGUUGCAAAUGUCAUACAUGGGCUGUUCUUUCUUUUUUUGCUGUUGUGUUUCUUUGUUGGUAAUGUCUACAUGAUAUUUUUUUGUGGUGUGAGCAUGUCUGUUCAUGUCUCUCAUUAGAGGACGUCCUUCAUAGGUGAAAUAAAGCAGAUGUGUCAAUUCUUUGA